CUUGCUCUACCUGGACCUCUGCUGCUUUAACUUUCAUAGUUCCCCCCGUUAAACAUUAACGCCGACCGGCUGCAUAUCAUGCUGACAUGAAAGGACGGCUUUCUCCGUCAGUGUCUGACACCAGAAGUCACUGACAAAGCGCUGGAGUUCAACAACUUCGGAGCGAGACCAGAAGCACCAGAGGCUCAUUCACUCCACUUCCGACAGGAAAUAAAGGACAACAUGACCAGCUCCCCUCAGAACACUGGUUACACUCCGACGCCCCUCUGAGCUCCUUAUGGGAGCGGGCUCAGUGAAUGCAGGAAAGUGAAUAUGAUAGGCUCUUCUCUUUUGUGCCCUCAGCGGCACUGAAACUCAGCAGCAGGAAUUCGGUUGCCCCUAACCCUCAUGGGAAAUGAAAGGUGGCUGGGUUAAUGGCGUACUGACAGGAAGCAUGGCGGGAGUGUGUGCAUGAUCAGGAAGCGCCCACAUGUAGUAAUGGGAGGUGUGGCGAGGGUCGACCGGAGGGGAACAAAAGGAAUGCACAACACCUGGAACAAAGCCAAGACAGAGAGGUCACGGUGGCUACAGAGUUCAGAGAAGAUCCCAGCAGAGGGCAGACAAUGGAUGGAGGGCUGUGUCUAAUAUCUGACAACCAAUGGUGCCCUCUCUAUCAGUGUUGUGACACACUAACACACUCAUGGUACACUUUCAAGUGCUUUGUUUAUGCUAGUGUGUUGCAUACAUAGGCUGGUUGAAUGUAACUAAGUAGCCUACAUUUACUCAAGUACUGUAUCUCAGUACAGUUUAGAAGUACUUGUACUUCAGAGUAUAUCCAUUUUUAACUUAUACUCUUUGGUAUGUUAAGUGACUUUGCAGAUUCAGAUUAUUGAUACAAGAUACAAUCAACUAAUGAAUAAUUGUUAUUGACCCCUAACUUAAAUUCACAAGCUACCCAGCAGUAAGUAUUAUGGUUAAAAGCACAAACAAACCCUGCAAUGUUAACGCAACGUACAUAUUAUUUCAUAGUAUUAUUUCUCUGAUAACAUAAAAUUACUAAAUUAUACAGUAGACCUGACAAUUUAAACCAGUAAAAAUACUAAAUAAAGCUGUUCAAUUUUAAGAAAAAUAUCUGUGUUUUUCUGGAGGGGCUGCUAACAAUGGUGGCCAGUGCAAAAACACAAAAAUGCUAAUGGCCCUAUCUAGAGCCAGUGCUUGGUUUGUCUGUUCUGGGCUACUGUAGAAACAUGCUGGUGCAACAUCUCCCUACAUAGAUAUACGUAAGUGGCUCAUUCUAAGGAAACGAAAACACAGCAAUUCUUAUUUUCAGGUGAUUACACACUUAAGAAAAUACACUUUUUAAAAGUUCAAAAAUAAUGUUUGUUUUAUUGUUGCUUGCUACAUAUGAUGUGCUUUCUAAAGGGCAGGUGUUAUUAGCCCAAGAUUUAGCCUGCACCUUUUUGGGACUGCAGAAGUGUCAGUGUUAUGUUAAAGUACUUUAAUGUAAUGUUUUGCACUGUACUAUUUAAGUAUCUGCCAUUUUCUGUGAGAGACUGACUUUAUUUACAUGAAUUUGUAGAUGAAUACAUGAUGUUCUUAUUUCUAUUUGCAGACUGAAAUAAAUUCUAAACUAUUCUAAACACUUUUUAUAUUAUAUUGCAUUUCUGCCAGUAUAUCCCCCUAACCCCUGCUCACUGGACCUUUAAGAAAAUAUCUGAGUACUGUGUGGUGCUGUUGGACAUGCAAACAGAUGGGAUUCAUUUCAAACUGGUUUUACUGAUAGUCUGCUUCUCUCUCUGGUUGAAUCGGUAAAAUCACAUGUUUGACUUGAAUGCAAACUCCAUUGCACAUUAUUAUGAACCACAAUGUGACUGAACUGAAAAACUAAGUUGAGCUUGUUUGCCUGUAAACUUUGGUGAAACACUGCCCUCUGCUGGACAUGUGACUUCCCUACAAAUGAAUCAUACAGAUAAUCAAUCAUUAAUUUUACCAAAUUUAACAGGAGAAAAUACAUAAGUCUGCCACAGUCCAAUCAUGGAAGACAAAUGAACACUAAACCAAUAUAUAUUCUUUAAAUACAGGAGAAGAAUUAUUUUUGUUUGUUGUGAUUUCAAGCACUACAGGUGUUUCCUGGCAACAGGUGUGAGGAUCCAAACGUGACAGACAAUGGAUGUUGUCGAGGACAUAAAAGAGUCUCUUCAGAAGUCUGGAAUAAGGAGGGAUGUUGAUGUUUGCCAACUCAGCCUGGCCACAAAAAAACUCACCAGCGUCCCCGACUUAUCAAGAUUCCACUUCCUGAGGAUGUUGUGGCUGAAUAACAACAAGAUCAAAGAGCUCAGCUGUCGUUCCAUCAACUGCUGCUUGACUGAACUUUACCUUCACAACAACAACAUCAGGUCUAUUUCUGGGGCCUUAAAUCACCUGACCUGCCUUCAACUUCUUUUCCUCCACAACAACCAGAUCAGAGGGCUGGAGGACACGAUGCACGAGCUCAGGAGGAUGCAGCAGCUCCAGACUGCAACUUUUGCCCUCAAUCCCAUCUCCCAUGAGCCCGGGUAUCGCCUCCAUGCGAUCCACUGUUUGCCUUCUGUCCAGGUUUUAGAUCACACAGAGGUGACGUCAGCAGAGAGGAGACAGUCCUUCCAGAUGCACAGCCAGGAGCGCCACCGCGUCCUUCAGUCUGUGGCCUUCUGCAGGCGGGAGACAAAGUCCACAGGCUGACAGGAUGUUUGUUUGUGCUAAUAACUCUGUGGUCUGCAGAGUGCUUCAUAAUGAUCACUUAAAACCAUUUUAUUGUCCUGCUUACUCGGUGUAUCCGUAUUAAGGGGAACUCAACUGCUUUUACAGGCCACAGUCAGUUUACAGGUUUGGGGGAGGCACUACUGCAGAUAUAAAGCCUUUGGUGGCUUCAGAGGGAGCUGCACGGAGUCUAAAGACUACAAGUUUGAAACUCAACAAAAAUCUGGGCAUGUGGAGAUGACUGUAGCCAUGUUUGAGUUGCAUUCUGGGUAAUGUAGGCACAAGGUUUUGAUAAGGAAAAAGAAUGCAUGCUGCUUCAGUUUAGAUUUUCCAGGUUUUUCAGCAGUAAGGAGCUCAGACAUCAGAAGGGAGCUCGGAGUAGAGCCGCUGCUCCUUCAUGUCGGAAGGGAUCAGUUGAGGUUGUUCAUCAUCUGAUCAGGAUCCUCCUGGGUGCCUCCUGUUAGAGGUGUUCUGGGCAUGUCCCACUGGUAGGAGGCCCCAGGGCAGACCCAGAACACACUGGACGGAUUAUAGAUCUCUGGCCUGGCCUAUCUGGCCUGGGGACACCUUGGGGUCACCGACUCCAUGGCAAUAUUUUACUUCCUGUUUACAUCCCCCAAUGCUGCCAGAUAACAGGAAGUGUUGUUCCAAAUAUAAGAGCAUGACCAUCCCCAAAAUUGAAGUAAGACUAAAAAAUUACAGAAUCCAAUAUAAUAUGGAUUUGGGGAGCAGAGCCAUAGACUGCUUGCUGCAGGAGCACUGCCUUGGAUUGGGAUAAAUUAUACACAUGUACCUAAUAAAAAGGCAACACUGUGAUGCUGUCAGAUCAUCACUGUGAUCCUGAGAUAAUAAAGAUUUGAGAGACAGAAAAAGGUUACGAAAAAAUAGGAAAUUCUUCUCUAAAAACCACCAUGAGCACAGUUCAGUUUGAUGACAUUGGUCUUUAUUUCAUGUGAUGAAGCUCAAGUCAUUUGACACAUUGGAGAUUAUCAGAGCUCUGGACGAACACAGCCUUGAUAGACACAUUAUUGAGCUCAAACGUCUUGGUCCAUUCAGGGUGCACAAUAAAUCAAAUAUCAUAAAUCAUACAAAUGAAACUUCUCAGAGCAAAGUGUCCUGGUCAUGGUGUUCUUGUGCUGUGUACAAUUCCUGCAUUUUGGGUAAAACAAAACUUUCAUUUAGUUAGCGUCUGGACCACCCUGAGCAUCGACGUCAUCUCUCACAAUACACUAAAAAUAAAUUCAUGUUCAUGUUGUUUAUAUUUAAAAAUAUACAUUUUUGGUCAACAUUGCGCAGCCGUGCCGUCCACUCACAACCUGCCAUGAAGUUAUUGGUACAAAAAAAAACAACAACACACACUCCAAUAACAAAUCAAGUAUAUUGCAAACAAACAACAGCUCUGAUUGGCUACACAGUCACGCCUCCCCCACACAGGUUGCUACAGUUUCUUAAGGCAGAAUUAACGUUCCAUCAGUGAUGUGAACCAUUAGCUCUUCACGUGUCCCCCCC